AUGGAUUCAGACACCGACUCAGAUGUAACAUCAUCUGAUUCUCCAUCGUGUAGCAGUGACGAUUUCGAGGAGUUUUGUCAAGAUUUAAGCGAGUUUGGUAUUCGUCCAUACCAGUUUGAGCCGCGAAGAGAAGAUAACUUUACUGCAAACGAAGAUAGUGACAUCGAACUUGAUGAUGAUGAGAGCUCUGAAAAUGGAGAGGAAACUCGACUARCAAACUCAGAAUGGUGUCAAUGUGGGAACUGCACCAUUAUGGACAGAGAAAACGAAUGUAUAUGCUGUCAAGAAAUUGAUGCUAUAAAAUAUACAUGCAGAAGCCUUCCUAAUGAAUCAGAACAAUAUGCUACACAUCCAAUCCCACAGUGUAUUACUCAACAUCCUGGAUUCUCAUCAGUGUGUCUUAACAAAUUUGUAUUGAAGACUGCAUGGCUCCAAUAUAAGCAGCAAUAUACUGAUUCCUACGAAGGACCUGAACACAAACAAUACAGGCACAUUGCCUAUCGUCAAUUAGCAAGAUGGUGCUGGGGCUUCCUUGGAAAGGAUGUUAGAGUUGUCUUGCCCUCCUGUKCAGUCAUGUGCAUACGRGCACACUUCCCCCCUCCUGGACUGGAAGAGGAUUUUGAGUUUGAGGGAUUUCAUUUUUCAUGA